UUGAUCAUUCAUAUAAAAGCCACUGAAAGGGUUUGUGAUUUUAUUCACCUCCCGACAGACCAAAGAUGGAACUGAAAAUCUUCAUUCUUCUCUUCUGCGCUCUUUUCACUGGAGGACAUUCACUCAAAUGUUAUGAGUGUUCAGGUGAGGUGGGUUCUUGUGUAAGCAGAGAGACGACAUGUCGGGGCUAUCCCCCUGCCACAUGUGCAAGUGUAAUAUCUGUACAACCCACUGGUGGCAUUGAAGUUAAAAAGCUGUCUAAAGGUUGUGAAGUGAAGGAGCAUUGUAUAAGUGGAUCUGUUAAUUACGGACUUCAAAGGAACAUUACAAAGUGCUGUAACACAGACCUUUGUAAUAGGAAUGAAGCCACAGAUUACAACUUUAACAGCCCCAGUGGAAAACAAUGUUACUACUGUGAUGGACAGAGUUGCUUUAACAGAGUUAACUGUUUAGGAGAUGAAGACCACUGCCUUAAAACUACAUUAACUGCUGGGUCUGUGUCUGUGACUCUUAAAGGAUGUGCCUCUAAAUCCUACUGUGAUGCCACAUCAGAAGGGACUGAUUACAUUAACUUCUCAUGUUGUAAGGGGAAUCUGUGUAACAGUGCUAAGAGCGUCACACAGAAUCUUCUCUUUAUCUUAUGGCCGCUCUUCUUCUACAUCCUGAUCCACUGAAUUCAGCGAAACAUUGCUCUCUACAGCAGUAAUGUGAGAUAUUGUGGUGGGAUUAGUAAAAAUAAGAUUAUGUUUUAUGAUUUAUGCAGCAGCAACAACAGUAUGUCACACAUUUUUGAUUAAAAAAAACAAUGUUUGAUUUAAUAUAGCUUAAUUUUCAUUGUAUUUUAGUGUCGUCACAAUGGUUUUGGUGAAAAUAUAUAUAUACUGCAAAAACAAGAAAAAAAUGUAACCCCACUAUAGUUUAUAGCACUUGUUUUAAGGAAAAAUCUAAUAAUGAUAUUGUAAUAAACACAGUUUCUAAACGAAGUUAAAUAACUGUAAUUAUUGGUAUGCACCAGCAGGUGGCAGCAGAUAGGCAAACAUAUGCAGCCAUCUACAGUACAUUUUGUUCAAAGAAUUUUCGAGUGCUUUUAACACAAUCCACUUAGCAUUUCUGAAUAAAAAAUAUAAUAAAAAAAAAAACUGGUGGUAACGCAGAUUUGUCCUACCUCAAUGAUCUCCAAGGUCAAUGAUUACAGCCCCAUUCACACAGCAGGUACCUU